UUAAGCCAAUGGCAAAAGAUUUCAAUAGAAUACAACCAGCUGAAUAUCUACGGAGAUAUGUUAGUCAAGGUGUUCGUCCAGACGGGCGUAGGUUAAUGGAGACAAGGAGUGUUUCUGUGAACGUUGGGUCAGUAACCACAGCUGAUGGCUCUGCUCUUGUGAAAAUUGGCAACACAACAGUUCUUUGCGGAAUUAAGGCAGAAUUUACGUUGCCUGGAGGGGAAAACAAUGAUGAAGGUUAUGUAAUACCAAACUUUGAAUUGUCAUCAGUAGCAUCACCCCAGUCACGUUCUGGGCCCCCAUCUGAAGAGGCUCAAGUAAUUAGUAAAUUUCUUAGUGAUCUUAUUACAAGGUCAUCGAUUUUGAAUCUACACGAUCUCUGUAUUGAAGUUGGAAAGUUGGCAUGGGUUCUUUACUGUGACUUUGCGUGUUUGGACCAGGAUGGUAGUUUGACAGAUGCAAGUGUUGUUGCCUUGGUUGCAUCAAUAGCCAACUUGAGGCUGCCACAUGCUAUUGUAAAUGAGUAUACAGGACUGGGUGAAGUCACAGGCAAUAAAGACGUGCAGCUUCAAUUGAAUAGUUUUCCUGUAACUACCACAUUUGGUUUGUUUGAGGGGUAA